GUGUUAGUCGGGUUCCCCUGCAGGGCGGAGUUUCAUUCACCGCAGCUGGGAGAGAACCAGAGCGGACUCAGCAGCGCCGUCUUUGUGGCAAAGGUUUGUCCAACCGUGGGGAGGAAAACAACCGCAUAUUCUUCAGCUCGCACACCCGAUCGCCUUAAAGACAGCACACAGACCCUCGCUGAUCUGCCAGGAUGGGAGAGUAUGAUGAGAAGGAGACGUGUGGAACGAUCUGCCUGAAGUACCUGCUCUUCAGCUUCAACUUCUUCUUCUGGCUGGCAGGGGGCGCUGUGAUGGCGGUGGGGGUCUGGACCCUGGUUGAGAAGAGCGAUUACAUCAGCCUGCUGUCCUCCGGCAUCUACGCUGCCACCGCCUACAUCCUGGUCAUCGCCGGGGCCAUCGUCAUGGUGACCGGAAUCCUGGGCUGCUGUGCCACUUUCAAGGAACAGAGGCAGCUUCUCCGAGUGUACUUCGUGCUGCUCCUGUGCAUCUUCCUGCUGGAGAUUUUGGCCGGGAUCCUGGCGUACAUCUACUACCAGCAGCUGAAUGAUGAGCUGAAACAAAACCUGAGAGAGACCAUGACCAGCAAAUACAAACGAGUGGGAGAGGAGAGAGUGACCGAGGCUGUGAACAAGCUGCAGCAGGAGUUCAAGUGCUGUGGCAGUAAUAACUCCCAGGACUGGCAGGGCAGUGAGUGGGUGAGGACCCCAGAGGCGGGGGGGCGCCAAGUGCCGGACAGCUGCUGCAAGACCAUCACCCCCCAGUGCGGCAUGCGAGACCACCCCUCCAACAUCUACAAGGUGGAGGGCGGCUGCAUCACAAAGCUGGAGAAUUUCAUCCUGGAACACCUGCGGAUAAUCGGAGCCGUGGGCAUCGGGAUCGCCUGCGUGCAGAUCAUUGGGAUGAUCUUCACAUGCUGUCUCUACAGGAGCCUCAAGUCCGAGCCCUACUAACGGGGGCGGGGGGGGGUUGAAUCUUCCUCCCCUCUCGUCCACACCACUAUCGGGCUCCAUAGUCAUUACACUGGGACCCCCAAGCUGACUGCCAAGACCCCUCCCUCUCCCUCCUGGAUAAACCCAGGUUUUGCACAGUGCAUCUCCUUUCAUCAUCCACUCUCCUGUCUUUGAGAGGGAAGGGCAGUGAAAAUGAAAACCAGCCUGGGGAACACGGCACUCAUCUUCCCGCAUGGAAAAACAUCCGAGAAUGAUUUGCCAAUUUAACAAAAAAGGGCAGGUUUUUGUUUCUGUUUUGUGCCUUUUAAAAAAUGUUUUAACUCAACUGUUACAAAAAGAAAUGUACAUUUAUUAUUAUUAUUAUAAUUAUAUUUUUUAACAUCUUGUACACACUGUAAACAGAUUGAAAGCUGGUAGAAAGGUUUUUUUGGUCUCUGAAAUUCUGUCGCUGUUCGACUGGAAAUAAUUAUUUUAAGGUUUGUAUUGUGUAGCCUAGUUUGAAAACAAUAAAUCAUUUAGACACCGUGA